AAACCACAAGUAACAUAACCAUCAAAGGUUCCAACUGUACUGUCGUAACUGGUUAUAGCUAAACUGUGGUUGCACGUUGCACGAAAAAAGCCGCGGUGGCCGCUCUCAGGUCCUCUCUGGUUCUAGUCUUCAUAUGGUAUCCAAUGGUAUCGAGUUUUAACUUUUUAGUUGCCACGUGGUUACACGAUCUUAAAUUGAGAGAAGAGAUUAAUAAAAAAAAUAAUAGAGGUAUGCCAAAUGCAUGAAACAGAUUUAUUCAAAUACAGAAAAUGAAGCAGAUACAAAAGAUGAAACGAAAAAAUCCAGAAUCACAUGUUGCGUGUAAGCGAAAACGGACGAGUUCCGAAUCCGAAACAAAAACGGAGACAAAGGAAUUUGAUCUAAAGGAAUUAUCGAAAAAGCAAAUUUCACAGUGCAUUUCUGCAAUUUUUCACUUGACUCAAGAACAGUUAAAGAAGAAGAACACUCUUCUCGCCGAAGAAGCUCAGCCGAUAUUCAUGCAAGUGACUAGCAUUAGAGUCCCAGAAAUGCCUCGCAGGCAAAUGAGAAUAUUGCUACCAUAUUCAAUAGUGGCUCCAGAUGAUGAAAUAGCUUUAUUUGUUUGCGAUUUGGAAAGAGGAAGGAGAAAGGAUUAUGAACCAACGAUAGAACACUAUAGAAAUUUGUUGGACAAACAUGGGUGCACUUGCGUGAAUGAGAUAAUACCCAUGAAUCGAGUAAAAACCGAAUUUGAUCAAUUUGAAUUAAAGAAGAAGCUUUUAGGCAGUUAUGAUCACUUUCUCGUCGAUGGCCGAAUCGCCGGUCAUAUGUCUCACUUGUUAGGAAAGCAUUUCUCCAAAAGAAGGAAGUUGCCGACUUCGAUAAGAAUGGAAAGCAAAGACUUAAAGCACGAGAUUGAUUAUGCAUUGAGGAAAACCAGUAUGCAACUUCAUUCUCAUGGUGAUACUCAUUCAAUGCAAAUUGGGAACACUGCUAUGGAUAAGAAAAAAAUUUUGAAAAAUGUACUAAUCGCCUGCAAAAAACUGGCCAAAAUGUAUCCUGGUGGUUGGGAAAACAUACGAGCUCUCCGAUUAAAAGGAACAACUGGCUUAGCAUUGCCCUUUUAUGUGACAUUAAAGAAUAAGAACACUGUUGAUUCACGUAUGAUUGUGAUACAGCCAAAGAGACCAAAAGCUUAUCGUGAUGUAGAAGGGGAUCUUUCAACAUUCGUAUCUAAUACCAUGGUCACCGUUAAACCUGAAGGCACAGUUAUCAUUAAAAAUACAAAGAAACAACGAAAUAAGAAAAUUGUAAAAAGAGAAACUAAGAAUUAAGAUAAAAUUGGAAAUUCUGUUAUGUUAAUUUAAAAUCUUG